GCUGUGGUCCCUCUCUUUUCCCGGACUGAAUCUCCCAACGAGAAGAUGCUGAGAAUAGCCGGCGUGUUGGCUGUAGUGGCUCUGGGGCUGAGCGCCGCUCUCACCAAAGUGAAUAAACACAAGCCCUGGAUUGAGACAUCAUACCAUGGGGUCAUCACUGAAAACACUGACAUCGUUCUGCUGGAUCCUCCUCUGGUGGCCCUUGACAAAGAUGCCCCAAUCCCCUAUGCAGGGGAGAUCUGUGCAUUCAACAUCCACGGGCUGGAGGCUCCGUUCGAGGCGGUGGUGCUGAACGGGACGUCUGGCGAGGGUCAGCUGAGGGCACGCGGCCUGGUGGACUGUGAGUUGCAGAAAGAAUACACCUUUAUCAUCCAAGCUCAUGACUGCGGCUCAGGCCCGGAGGGUGUGGAGGGCAAGAAGUCUCACAAGGCAGUGGUGCACAUCCAGGUCAACGAUGUGAAUGAGUUUGCUCCAGUGUUUCGGGAACCACAGUACCGAGCUCCAGUGACAGAGGGAAAGAUUUAUGACAGCAUCCUGCAAGUGGAGGCCACAGACCAGGACUGUUCCCCACAGUAUAGCCAGAUCUGUAACUACCAGAUCACCACCAAUAACACCCCUUUUGCUAUAGAUCGGAAUGGCAACAUCCGGAACACGGAGAAGCUGAGCUACGACCGCCAGCAGCAGUACGAGAUCCAGGUGACGGCCUGGGACUGUGGCCAGAAGAAAGCCUUACACAGCGUCCCUGUGCACAUUGACGUCAAGCCAGUGUGCAAACCUGGUUGGCAAGGUUGGAAUAAACGAGUGGACUAUGAGCCAGGAACAGGCAGCAAGCAGCUGUUUCCUAAGAUGCACUUGGAGACUUGUGGUGAGCCUCUGUCUUCAGUGAGGACCAUGGUGGAACUGCAGACCAGCCACAUCGGGAAGGGCUGCGACCGAGAGACCUACUCUGAGAAGUCUCUACAGAAACUCUGUGGUGCCUCAUCUGGCAGCACUGACCUUCUGCCUGCCCCCAGCGCAUCCACCAAUUGGACAGCUUCACUUGUGUCUGACAGUGGGAGAGACAGCGACUUGAUCUUCAGGUUUGAUGGUCGGCAGGCUGCAAAAAUCCCGGACUGGGUGGUGCCCCAGAAUCUGACAGACCAGUUCACCAUAGCGACGUGGAUGAAGCACGGGCCCAGCCCUGGGCUCAGAGCUGAGAAAGAGACGCUGCUCUGUAACUCUGACAAAACUGAGAUGAAUCGCCAUCACUACUCGCUCUAUGUCCAUAAUUGCCGGCUGGUUUUCCUGCUGAGAAGAGACUUCACCCAGGUGGACACCUUCAGACCAGCAGAGUUCCACUGGAAACUGGAGCAGAUAUGCGAUAAGGAGUGGCAUUACUACGUCAUCAACGUGGAGUUCCCAGUGGUGACGCUGUACGUGGAUGGAGUCACCUACGAUCCCUACCUGGUGACGGACGACUGGCCCAUCCACCCAUCGCAGAUUGAUGAGCAGCUCACAGUCGGUGCCUGCUGGCAAGGUGGGGAAGUGACCAAGCCGCGGUUCACUCAAUACUUCCGGGGAAGCCUAUCUGGACUGACCAUCCGGCCAGGGAAGAUUGAGAGUCAGAAAGUUAUUUCCUGUCUGCAGGCCUGCAAAGAGGGACUGGACAUUAACUCCCUUGAGAGCCUGGAUAAGACUAUAAAGUUCCACUUUAACCCAGCUCAGUCGAUCCUAGUCAUGGAGGGAGAGGACUUGGAAAACAUGAACACUGCUGUGAGAAAAAUUUCCUACAUCAACUCUCGUCAGUUUCCCACACCAGGCAUCCGACGCCUGCAAAUCUCUACAACCGUUCAGUGUUUUGGUGAGGACACUUGUAUUACCAUCCCCACCAUUGAUGCAGUGGUAAUGGUGCUGCAGCCCAGUGAACCCAGGAUCACCAUCACUGGAGUGGAGAGGCUCAGCCGGCCAGCCUCUAACUUUGGAUCAUCGGGAGGCAUUGCUUUGUUCCAGGACCUCCACAUCAUCAGUACGGUCACCAGGGCAGACACCGCUGCACAUCACACAGCACGUCAACCCGGAGUGAUGGAGGAGAUCAUUCAUAACUUAGACUACUGUGACAUCCUGGUGUUGGGGGAGGAGCUAAGUCCAGAACAAGAAUCUCUCCAACUGCAGCGAAGCUCUUUGCUUGGAAAACACCUGGAUGCCACCAACUCUACCUCCGGCAUGUCUAUAUACGGUGUUGACUCCAUGGCAAACUAUGAACAGGUGAUCCGACUGGUGCGCUACUACAACUGGCAGCCUGGACAUCUAACAGAGAGAAGGCUUCGUCUCACCUGCUCAGAGCUCAACGGACGUUACACCAGCAAUGAAUUCAAUCUUGAGGUGAGCGUCUUGCACAGUUCAGAAGCCGGUGUGCAUGUCAAUCACAUGAUAGCACCGCCUCAGUACAUGCAGGUGGCCCACCAUCCAUCUAUGAUCAACGACCUGUACCCCAGCCAUGUUUCAGGCGUGCCGAGUGCUGCCACUGUGGUAAUCGUUAUGUGCAUCGCAGCCCUGGUGGUGGUAGUGGUGCUGGGCAUAUACCACAUCCAUGUGACCCACCAGCAGGAGGUGAAGCUGACGGAGAUGGCAAAAGAGGCAGACGUGGUCUGGGAUGACUCGGCUCUGACAAUCACCAUCAACCCAAUGGAGAACCUGGAGGGGCCCCAGGCUGCAGAGGAGGAGGUGAGUGAGGAAGAGGAGGAGGAUGAAGAGGAAGAAGAUGAUGAGGAUGAGGAUGACAUCACCAGCGCUGAGUCUGAUGACAGCGAGGAGGAAGUGGAUGUCCAGCUGCCCAGGAUGCAGCGCUCAAGCAAGAAGAGUCAAAGCUGGGACAAAACAACAAUAUCUUACUGAAACACACACUCACACUCCCUUUCUCUCUCAAACACACACACACACACACACACUGCAAUCAGAUGAUUGAAACAAAAAAAAAAAAAAAAAAAAAGACUUUAUUAUUUUGAUGCUCUAAAAAUUAGGCAUAUCCCCCCUUACUGGAACAUUGCACCAAAAACACACAUAUACAUAUACACACACGCAACAAAAUAAUGUAAUCUUAAAUUUGGGUGAAAACCUCAUGUUUUAUAAAUAAUGUGACACUAACUGUUCAUCAAUCAUCCAUCAGGAACGGUUCACUAAAUUUAUCUCAUCCCUGAGAGUCAUCUCCACAUUGCAAACAGGCUUCGGUCAAAUCCGGUUGUAGAUUCAACUUUGCUCCAUACAUUCACUUAAAUGUGUCAGAUUUCACCGUGAGAUUACUGAUGUCCCAUGUUAAAAAUGCAAAACAGCCUUUAUUUAAGUAAAAUAAGUUGCGAAAGUAAUGAAAAUGAAACUAUUUUUUGGUUUGUAUACUUAUAAUUUAUCAGUCUUUAUUCAAGCCAAUGUGGCAAAUCCAGGUGAUUUUACAGAAAAAAGCAUAUUUUCAAUGGAAUUCAAAAACAAACAAAAAAACUACAAAAAAAGGAAGAUUGGUGGUCCCUCGCAGACGUUACGUUCAACUAGCCGUGGGGUCUGAGUUCUGGGUUUUUGGGGGGAAACAGAGAAGUCUCCUUGUACAUUUUUAUAUGUUCUCUUGUAAAUAUUGAGUAUAGUACGUGACCCUUCCCCUGACCACAUGAUCACAACCCCGUAAUUUCACCUAAACAACAUACACGUCACCUGGUCAUAUGUAUGUACACAGCCUGAACCCUUAGCCUGCAGAAGCCUCUCCAUCCCUGGGUCCUCUGUGUGUGAUUCUAGCUCAGUGUUCAAAUCAGGGUUUGUUCGGGUAGGUGAACCACAGCCGAGUAGUAGUGGGUCAGGCAAGAAAGAUGCUUGUGUGUGG